AUCUGUCUAUGCGGUUUUGCUCGCUCAGCUGUCACUAGUUCCCCUGCCGAUCCUGUAGGUGGCGAUGAUUGAGUUCCUUCCUGUACAGUCACAGCACAGAAGAAGUAUGGCAUCUGUAGGAGAAUGAUAUUUGCUAGUUUGUAAGGUCUCUGUUUAGACGAUUUUGUUAGCAAGUAGCGGUCUUGAUUGAGCAAAUUCAUUCUGUAUUCAGACCGGCCGAGCGGCUACGAUGAGGAUUUAUCAUUCUUUACUCAAUGCUGCCAAGUUUAGGAAAGUGUUUGACUUUGGUGAGCGAGAGGUGGCGCAUUGGUUCCCUGGACAUAUGGCUAAAGGACUCAAGCAGAUGAGAGACAGUCUAAGGAAGGUUGAUUGCAUUAUAGAGAUCCAUGAUGCUAGAAUACCCUUUUCUGGAAGAAAUCCCUCAUUUCAAGAGAGUCUUGAUGUCCGGCCACACAUACUUCUACUGAACAAGCUGGAUCUGGCAGACACGUCAAAAAAGCAGAGUAUUCUGAAGCAGCUUGACAGAGAAGGUGUGAGGAACGUUUUAUUUACAGACUGUUUAAGACAACGAGAUGAGAAUGUGAAAAGGAUUGUUCCUCUUGUGACAGAGUUGAUAGGAAGUGGGUCACGUUUUCAUAGAGAAGAGGACAGAAGUUACUGCCUGAUGGUCGUUGGUGUGCCAAAUGUGGGGAAAUCAUCACUGAUUAAUGCUGUAAGAAGAACAUAUUUGAAAAAAGGCAAAGCUUCAAAAGUAGGAGGUGAACCAGGAAUUACAAAAGCUGUCCUGACAAAAAUUCAGGUUUGUGAGAGACCCAUAAUUUAUUUACUGGACACCCCAGGGGUCCUGCCACCUAGAAUAGAGAACAUAGAGACAGGAAUGAAACUUGCUUUAUGCGGUACCAUUUUGGACCAUUUAGUUGGUGAGGAUGUCAUUGCAGAUUAUCUGCUAUUUUCACUGAACAGACGGGAAAGAUUUAGUUACAUUGAAAAGUACAAUCUUGAAGAGCCUAGCGAUGAUAUUCAGCAUGUGUUGAAGUGUAUAGCGGUGAAGCUCGGCAAGACCAAGCGUGUGAAGGCCAUCACUGGAGUUGGCAACAUCACUGUCCAGUUACCAGACUACAGUGCAGCAGCCUAUGAUUUCAUCAGAGCAUUUCGCAAAGGAGAACUUGGGAAAGUUAUGCUUGAUUAAUAGCUGAUUUGCAAUUAUUG